AUGGCAACUAUCGUCCAGACUCAAAAGCUCAAUCUUCACGAUGUCGCCAUCGUCCAAGCGCUCGUCUACACUUCCGAAUCAAAUUGUGCCGAGUUGAGAAGAACUUUCCAGUUGGAUUUGGCCACUGGAUACAAUGAGGUUAAGAUUCAGAAUCUUCCAUUCGACUUGGUCCAAGACUCGAUUCGUGUCUCUGGAGCAGGAGAAGCUGUGAUUCAUGACGUUUCCGUCAAGAAUCAAGAAGGAGCUGACUUCGUUAUUCCGGAGAGAGUAUUGGCGAUCAAGGAGAUUUUCGAGGAGAAGGAGAGAGCAAAGGACAAAAUCAAUGAUAGCAGAACAGCUGUACAGAAGAGAAUCGAAGGAUUGGAUAAUCUGAUCACUGAAAUCGCGAAGCAUGGAAAAGACGGAAGUUUCCAUUUCGAUGGACGAACAAUCGAAAGUUUGAAUGCUCUUCAUGAUUAUCAUCAGGAGAAAACAGUCACUCUUCGUGCACAAAUUAGAACUCUCGACCAAGAAUUCAGAAGAGCCGAAGAGGAGUUCCAACGUGCUAGCCAAGAUUAUGACAAUACCGGAUACAGAUGGAGAAACUCAGCACAAUACGCGAGUAUUGUUGUAGAAUCAGAGGGAGGAUCAGUUGAAUUGACUAUUACUUAUCAAGUGAACAAUGUCGCAUGGUUCCCAUUCUACGAUAUCCGUGUCACUUCUGGAGAGGCGGCUGAAAUGCACAUCACUUAUUUCGGAAAGGUCCGUCAAUUCAGUGGAGAGGACUGGAAGAAUGUCCCAAUUGUCUUGUCAACUGCCAAGCCUGCUCAUGGUGUCAAGAUCCUUCCAAAACUUGGAGCACUCGAGGCAUCGAUUGUUGUGCCGGAGCCAGAAUGCAAUCAAAGAGGAGGUUAUGGUGGUGGCGGUUAUGGAAGAAACAUGGUGAUGGCUUGUGCUGCACCACAAGUUGAACGUCGUGCAAAGUCAAUGAGAAUGACAUCAGCUGCUGUCAAAUCGAGUAACAUUGCCUCUGAAUUCAGCAUCGGACGCCCAGCAACAAUUGAUGACCGUACCGAAGAAUACAAAGUGAAUAUCGGUCAAUUCACUCUUCCAACCAAGCUUUCCAAUGUCACUGUUCCAUCAAGAAAUGCCGCCGCUUUCCUCGUUGCCAACUCUGUCAAUUCUUCUGAUUAUCCACUUGUAGCUGGACAAGCGUCUAUCUUCCUCGAUGGAGCUUUCGUCAAUAAAGGAGAAUUUGAAGAUGCAGUUGUAUCUCAGAAGUUUGAAGUCUCGUUGGGAGUUGAUCCAAACAUUCGUGUUGAGUACAAACCAGUCAGAAACUAUCAAGAACAAAGCGGAACUGUUGAGAAGAUCAACUCUCAAGUCACCGAGAAGACAACUUCCGUUACUAAUCUUCGUCCAAAUACUGUUCUUCUCACUAUUCGUGAACAACUUCCAAGAUCUACUGAUUCUAGAAUUAAGGUUCGUCUCGAGUCCCCAGAAGCCAAGGAAGUCGCUGAGUCAAGCACUGAACCAUCUGUUGGAGCUGAAAUUACUCCAGAAAAGAUUCUCGAUUACACUGUUGAAUUGGCACCAGGACAGUCUGGAACAUUCACUGUCAGAUACGUCACCGAGCAUCCACAAGCUGAACAAGUCAGCUACGAAGAGAAGUUCUAA